GCCUGUUUGUGUAGUUAUUUGGAAUUCAUUCCUUCGGCAGAAUUAAAAUGUUUAUUCAACAAAAAUAGUAUUUAAGUUAAUAAUAUUCACAGGUCCUGAAGUACAUUUAUUGUUUAAUAUCAGGCUAGAAUUUUCCAACAAUAUCUGAAAAUGUCACAGCCUAACUUACUUGAAAUAGUGCCUGAACAACUAUUUCAAAAUUACUUUAUCACCGAAAUAGACCAAGUGCAGAAAAAAUUACAAUAUGAAAUUGAAAGGAAGAGGGAAGAGUUACGAGCUAUGGUGGGGGAAAGAUACCGAGACCUGAUACAUGCGGCUGACACUAUUGAGGAAAUGAAGACAACGACAGAAAGCACUCUAAACCACAUCACUGGUAUGAUGGAAACAUGUAAGAGCCUUCAUGACACUCAUCUUGUUGGCUUUAAAGUUGAUAAAAAGCAGACACAAACUUCAAGUUUCAUAAAUGUAAACCCAAUGAACGGUAUAUCAGUGCAAGUUAAGAUGCUGAUGGAGAUUCCGGAGAAGAUUUGGAAAUGCAUUGAAGCUGAGGACUUUGUGAAGGCUACAAGAUUGUUUAUAAUGGCACGCCAUAUUAAUACUGGGCUCCAACUGCAAAUAGGUGGCAAGAAUGUGAAACCGGGCAUGCAGUCUCUACAGAGGCUGAUACACGCGCAGUGGAGUUCUGUGUCCAACUUCAACCAGACAAUCAUAGAUGUCUGCAGGCAGAGAUUGCAAGAUGUUGACAUCAGUGUCGAGGUGGCCAGUUCUUGCCUCACAAGUCUCUACAUUCUCGACUCUCAAAACAUGGUGGAACUCCUGAACACCUUCAUUAGUCUCCAUAGCAACAGUAGCCUGAAGUCGACCCUGCAGUUUGAUUUGCAGCACAUUCUAGAAGGAGAUGUUAAAGCGCAGAUCAAGGAGAAAAUUGUGAAUGCCGUGAAAAUUGUUCUGAAGACUGUUGUUUUGGUUUAUGCUUGUUUUGUUGAAAACAAUGGAGGUGCCGUGCUUACCAAGUUGAAAAAUUUGUUCCGAGCGGAUUCCGAGACUUUGGUUGAAAUAGUGCAGUUCAGUGACCCUUCUGCGCUGAAACUUUUACCGCCUGUCAUUGCCAACUAUAGAUUAUCAUCAAACAAAGAAAUCCAAGAACUAGCAAAAGAUGAAAUAACUAACUGCGUUCAAAAAUGGAGUGUAUGGGUCAAAUCGUUUAUAGAUGAGAGUGUGAAGAGUCUACUGCAUAAUGUCACCAGGGUCAAAAUUCUGCACGAGAUACGGGAAGAAGCAUUUAAGAUUGAAAUCCCCGAAAACUGGAGCGCCUUAUGCUCAUCCCUGGACAUCCCAGAAGUCCACGUCUGGUGUCACUACUUCCAGCCGCUCCUCACCGCUCGCGUCAAGGUCAUCAUAGACAACCGAUGGACUAAAGUCUAUGACGCCUUUAAAACACAAAUACUGGUCGAUUUGACCAGAUCGGGGGAUAGCGAAGGAGAGAUUGAUAUAAAUUGGUUCGUGUGGAAGGACCUUAUUGGGGAUACUGUAAUAGAAUCGAGGAAUGAAGUCAUAAAGGUCAUGAAUUCGCUUAUGAGAGGUAUGUCCCUCCAAGACCGUGGUUUCACGACCAACCUAGAGAAACUCUGCCAAGACUUAGACAGCGAGCUACAGAAGCUUCUAGAAGACCUCAGAGUGUACUUAUAUCGGGACAAAAAGGGGACAAUUCGGGACAAAUUGUUGUUCACAUAUGAGGAUGAGGAGGAUAUCGCGCAGAUGUAUAGCGAUAGAGAAGAAAUUGAAGUGUAUUUGAGGGAUACAGCUGAUAGCAGUGUUGACAGUAUGCUCCAAUACAUAAAAGUGUGCUUCGAAGAGCCAACUCUCCAAUCAUCAGAAAGCCAAAGAAAAACAACAGCCAUAUACACCGCCCGUUUCAUCCAAGCGAUUCCCAUAAUCAUGCUGAACCUUCGCAAAUGCUACAUCCCUGAAGCUUCUAUGGAUGAAAAUGGGAUGAAAAGGUGGAAUGACUUGUGUGGGAUUCUGAAGCAGAAUUGUUUAAUUUGUUGGGGGAAAUGGGUGGAUAUAGUGAUGGAAAAAGUUGAGGAGUUGAUGAAGGAUUUGCCUCAGCAGUUUACUUUGGAGGCUAAUGUUGAUUAUUUGAUGAUGCAAUGGGACGUCAUAAAAAUAGAAGAAAAAGACGACGAAGGCAAAACUAUCGAGUCCACAAUCAAAGUACCGGCCGGACCAUCCUUAAAACUACAAGAGUACCUUUACGCAGUCAGCAGAAUACUCGAUGAAGUCGUCCCACACACAUUACCAGUAGAAAUCCACACAUUAUUCAUAGAGAAAAUCACAACUAUCACUUUCGCACACUACGAUAAAGUGAUAAGAGAGAAAGAGGCAGAUAUAAAUCAGAGGUGUGCGCUUCAGUUACUGAUGGACGUGCGACAUUUGACCUUAUUGCUUAUGCCGCGAGAGAAUAAGAAGUCAAUGGACUUUUCUCAUGAGAUUUGCGAGUUUUUAAGGUCGAAAAUAGAUCCGUUCGACUAUGACGUCUUCUAUCCGUACGUCCAGACUAAUUUGAAGCGAUCCGUACAAAGAGUUCAGACACUACUAGGCAGUAUAAUCCUUCAGCACUCUCAACUGUCUGGUAUAAUCGGGCCAGCACCAGUGUCGUCAAGCGGCAGCGGCGACCGCGCCGCGGCGCUGUUAGCCGCCGGCAACGCGCACUGGUUCUCACUACUGCCCGUGGCCGCGCAGCCUAGUCGGGAGAAACUGGACAAGCCGAUAAAGAAAAAGCCAAUGACGUCAGCUAGCCCCAACAAGCCGCGGGGAGACAUAUCGGACCUGAUGACGUCAUCACUGCCCAUCAACUUCGCCAAUGCCCGUUCUGGCGCUGCGUCGUUCUUCAACCAGAUGGCUUCCGAUUGGUUCAGCGGGUCUUAACUUCUAGUGUAGGUAAAGAAAAGACCUACAAGGAUUUUCUUAUGUUGAUGCGUAGGUACUGUCUCUAAAUCACGCGCAAAAGGGUACUGAAAGAUGUAACGUUUGUACGGGAAUGCCCCGUAGAACUCUUCUUCAUUGUCUUUAUUUAAUUCCAGUGACUAUUUUGUUUAUUCCUGAGUAAGUUAAGCUAAUAAAAUGUGAUGUUAUCUGGGUAAAGGGACCUUAUUGUCGAUGACGCUUACGGCGUUAUGAACGAUGUUCGUAUACAAAUACGACGCCGCGGGACGUAUGUAAGCGCCAUCGACAAUAACGUCCCUUUACCCAGAUAACGGCACAAAUAUAUUUAAACAGUGAUGAUUAUAUUGUCAUACAUAGAAAUAUUUAA